CAAACACUUUGCAAUCAUACCUAGCAUCUCUACCUCAGUGCGUAGUCGUAGAGAGAAUGGUUGAAUCACGAACAAGCUUUGUGUAACCUGCUUUAGUCUUAAAUCUAUGGCUGGCUAUCGUUUUACGACAGUAGUAGCUGGUACUUCUGUGGGCAGGGUUCCCAGAUUGUGAGGGAAAUCUGGCCCAAUCUGGCAACCCUGUCUGGUCCUCAUGAACAUGACCUCAGGUGGACCGCUACUCACCGCUGAACAUCAGACGUACCGUGGUUUGAGUCACACCAGCUGGAGGAUAUGAACCGUGGAUCUUAAGACAACCAAAAGUUCCACUGUCGGCAGGACUACAACUCCGAGGACUACAACUAAGGACUACACACCGCGGAUAUCUGAUAUAUGCAUUCGACUUCCGGAGUACGGAGUCCCGGUUGGCACAAAUAUGUCAGAAGUCGAAACGAAUGUGUUCGUUUUAUAAUAUUUGGUUACUGAGCACAUGUGUUGAUUGAAUGUUUAAGUGUGCAACUGAAUGUCGGUUCUCAUAGUGUAUUCUUCAUUUAAAUGUAAAUGUUCACAUGGACAACCGAUGAUGAGGUCGCUGACAAACUAAACUAUACCAUAACCACCAUUAUCACAUACCAGACCCUGUCCGUCCACGACCACCAGACCAGUCUACCAGACCAGACCUCCACCGGACCCAGCCCACCCGGGCUGGGCGGCAUGUGGCUCAGAAGGUAUCGGGUGGGCUGGUCACCGGAAAGUGGCAGGAUCGAUAUAUUGUAAAGGGCUUUGAAUGGCCACCGGUUAGAAAAGCGCGGUAUAAAUGCAGUCAGUUUCCCUCCACGGACCCCAGCCGCGGGGGGGGCGAGAGAGAGGUAGACUUGUCUUGUCUUCUGAGAAGACAUGGAAUUAUGUUUUUUUUCGCCUUGUUUCCACCUUUUGAUUAAUUCAUAUCAGACCGUCGCACCAGAGACUGAAUUCUAAAAGUGUCUUCUGUGUAAACCGCAGUAACGGAGGGAUUCUGUAAGUGAAUUGGCUUCGGGGCCGCGGGCCGGGUCUCGAACCAUCAACCGCUGCACUGCAAAGUGGAGACGGCUCCUCGCGACUCAACUCAGUGGGCGUGUUUGGAUUCACUGAAACCGUCUAUCUACAGACCAAUUCAUAUGAUAUAGGCCUACUAGCCUAUAUAUAAUAAAAAGUUAUUUAUUAUCCAUUACAUUUUAUACAUUAUUAGCUGUAGGCCUGUGUAGCCCAGAUAUCUGACCGGGAAUGCCUAUAACGCAGUGAAUUCAGAUGAGAGAUUUUCUAUAGGUUCAACUUAACGCUUCUAAGGGAUGUUUUUAUCCUGAGCAGAAGGCAUUCAUCGGAUCAAUUAGCCUUCUACAAAUAGUAUGGUUUAUUACCAUAAUGUUAAGGAUCGCCUUCACAUACAUAUUAAUGAUUCAGCCUAAAGUCCAUUAUAGGGCUAUAAUAAUCAUUCAUAAAACUCGAUAGCAACAAUGUUUUUUUUUAAUAUAUUUUGUUAAGAACAUGACUGUAGACAAAUAAAUGGAUUAAAUAGCCCUUUUGUCAAAUAACAGCAGGUUUAGGAAAAGCUCUGUUGACUAAUGAAAGUGUUAUUUCGAGGAUGAUCACAUAUUUACUAAAUGUGUGGAAUCGAGAUUCGGUGAACGCGGACUCGUUCUUAUCGCAGAGACUCGAUCAAUAAGGACCGACGGACUCGGAGUAAACAAGGUCUGAGCGAGACGCGGGGAGAGGACUCAGUCGCUCCGAGCCUCACAAUGCUGAGCGCCGUGAAAAUGGAAGGCCACGAUCACGCAGACUGGAGCGGAUACUACGGGGACGCCGAGAGCUACUCCUCGUUCGGGAGCCUCACCGCGGGGGGCCUCGGGAUGACCACCAUGGGGGGCUACAUGAGCGCCCCCCCCGGCAUGUCCGGCCUCCCGGGCGGGGGCGGCAUGGCCGGCAGCCCGGUCAACGUGUCCUACAUGAACCCUGGCGGGGGGGUCAGCCACCACCACCACGCCGUGCCCGGGAUGUCCCCGGGCACCGGGGCAAUGCACGCGAUGGGCGCCGCCGCGGGGGGGAUGAUGUCCGCGGGAGGGGGCAGCACGAGCCCCCUGGGCGCGCAGUCCGCGUCCAUGAACGCUCUGACGCCCUACGGCGGCGUGUCCGUGAUGAGCCCGGUCUACGGUGGCCACCAGGCCAACCUUGGCCGCGCGCGCGAGCCACCGAAAUCCUACCGGCGGAGCUACACGCACGCGAAGCCCCCGUACUCGUACAUCUCGCUGAUCACGAUGGCCCUGCAGCAGUCCGGCUCCAAGAUGCUGACCCUGAACGAGAUCUACCAGUGGAUCAUGGACCUGUUCCCGUUCUACCGGCAGAACCAGCAGCGCUGGCAGAACUCCAUCCGCCACUCGCUUUCCUUCAACGACUGCUUCAUCAAGGUCCCGCGCUCCUCCGACAAGCCCGGAAAGGGCUCGUUCUGGGCGCUGCACCCCGACUCGGGAAACAUGUUCGAGAACGGCUGCUACCUCCGGCGGCAGAAGCGCUUCAAGUGCGAGAUCAAGGUGUGCAAGGAGCCCGCCGCGGGGGGGAAGCCCUCGUGCGAAGCGGGCGCGGUGGCCAGCUGCACGGACAGCCGCGGCGCGGGGACCGAGUCGCCGCACGUGCACGCGUCCCCGGUGAAGGAGACCAAGCGCGCAGCUGCGGCGGCGGCCAGCGAGUCCAAACCGCUGCGGGAGCACGAGGUGUCCACCACCAGCCCCGCGCGCCUUCCGUCUCCCGCGCUCCAGACGCACCAGCUCUUCGCCCAUCAUCAUCAUCAUCAUCAUCCCAAUCACCCGCACUCGGUGCUCGUGCACGACGCGCACACCGCGGGACAGCUGAAACCUGAGCACCACCCGCUCCAUCACCACUACUCCUUCAACCACCCGUUCUCCAUCAACAACCUCAUGUCGGAGCAGCAGAGCCACCAGCAGCACAGGAUGGACCUGCGGACGUACGACCAGGUCAUGGGCUACGGGUACGGGUCCACCGCCGGCUCAGGGGCCCUCUGCAUGGGGCCCAUGGCCGCCAAGGCCUCGUUCGAUGGCUCCACGCCCGCCGACACCUCCUACUACCAGGGGGUGUACUCCCGGCCUGUCAUGAACUCCACGUGAGAGGCCUGGACCUGGGGCUGUACCCGGGACUAUACUGGGGGGCUGUCGGAGCGGCCUGGACGCGGGACUACUGGGGGGCUGUCGGAGCGGCCUAGACCCCGGACUGGGGGGCUGUCGGAGCGGACUGGACCCGGGACUGUACCCGGGACUAGGGGACUGUGAGACGGACCGUGUAUUUGUAUAAAUGAGCGCUUGGUUCGUUGGUUGGCUGAGGUGUUGGAGCCCCGUCCGGAGGGUCUGUGGGAGCAGCUCCGUGAUGCUCUUUUCUAAGGAUGCGACGUAAAUAAACGAACAAUGCCAUCCGUAUUUGUCUAGAAAAAAAAUCUUUAUAUUAAAAUAUAAUCUGAAUGUUGUCUCCUAAAAUGUUAUUUUU